GUGAUCCAAAGACAGAUGAGAAUGCAAUUUGGGUCGGGUGGCAAGUUGACCCAAAAAAAUAUGGGGACUCACAUACUCACUUCUUCACGAGUUGGACGAGAGACACAUAUCAUACAGGGUGCUAUGACAUGGACUGCCCUGGUUUCCAGCUUGUUAAGGGGUCAAAAAUCGCUCCGGGUGGCACAAUACAACCAGUCUCUCAUGUUCAUGGUGUACGUCAAAAGAUUACAAUUAAAGUGUUUAGGGAAAAAUCCACGGGAAAUUGGUGGAUACACUACGGCUUCAAUAAGGCCCCAACACCGGUGGGCUAUUACCCAGCAAAAUUGUUUGACAAGUUAUCGAAGAAGGCGACCCAAAUUUCAAUUGGUAGCAUUGUUGGGGGGAGUCCGUCUAUCCCAUCCCCUCCAAUGGGUAGUGGAUUCUUGCCUUCUGAUAAAGCUGCAUUAA